AUGGGUCGAUAUGAGACAAAUGAAGAAUUCAUGGUAGCAAUCGAGCCAAAAGAUGGGGAACAAUUAGCGGUAAAGCAGCAGCUUGAGGAGCUCGAGUGUAUGCUUAGUAUGUUUCCCAAUGAGAAUGAGCUGAUUGUCGACUUGGCAGCUAAAGCAGCAGUAGAAGAAUUCGUUAUUGACGGCGAUAGAACUGCUACGAUACCUCGGAUCCAAUACACUCUGUACUACAAGGAUCAACCAUUUGGUCGUGAGACGCCAAGUUUGACCCUCAUAUGCCCUCGUAGCUAUCCAAUAACCAAGUCGCUAUUGUUCGAGGUGAAAUGCCCGCAGCUCUCGCGCAUGGAAAUGGAAAAGCUACAUUCUGAGCUGGGAGAAUUGGCUACUGCAGCUUGUGCAACUCAGGAAGUGGUGGGCUUUCAACUGUACCAGCAUAUGCACGAAUUUCUAUCUCAAGUACAGAGCGUUGAUGACAAGCGAGAUCGAGACAUUGCUGGUGCUAAUGUUGAAAACAUCGCAACGCCGAUGGUACUGGGUCGACGUGCUAUUUACUUUCAUCAUAUCAUUGCGCUCACGAAACGACGAGUGGUGAAGGAAUGGGCAUUGGAAUUACAGCUUGGAGGAUUUAGCAAGAUCGGGUGGCCUGGCGUCGUGCUUGUCGAAGGCAUUGAAGACGACGUUCAGGAAUAUGUGCGUCGACUACAACAUUUGCGCUGGAAGCAAAUGACAGUGCGUGGUGAGCAAACGGAGGAGUUAGGAGAGGGACAUUCAGGAGAUAUAAACUCACUGCGGCGGCUACCACGGAGUUUUCAGGAAUUUCCCGAGAAUGGCAUGUCGGAUUUGGCAGCAGCGUGUCGAGCAGUGGGACUGGAGGAACUUUUCCUCACCACUAUGAAAAUCUAUGGUCGAUCAGAGGACAAGGAGAGCGACAUGGACGUAGAAUCCAUGAGGGAUGCCACAAGUAGCAACAAAGAAGGCAUCCGCAACAGGACAAAGACUGAAACAUGA